GUUUCCAUUACCUUUUUCACGAAUAUUUUAAAAUAAAUAAUUAUAGCAACAAGGAAAACCAUUGUAACCUACUACAGUAAAUAAAACUAGAUAAAACCAUUUAAAUAACCUUCACGUUUACAUAAGUUUUUGCAAAUAAUUUACGUCUACAGACGUAAUCAAGGGAAUAAUAUGGAUAAUGACGAACUAGGUAACGAGUUGGUGCGGCUGGAAGGUGGAUUUUUAGUCGAUGAGGAGACUUAUGUUGUGAAUUCUGACGACGUUUUAGAACAAGAGGAGAACAAUUCCGAUUCAAAUUGCGGCAAGAACGUCCCUCUUAGAGAACAGGACAGAUUCCUACCUAUUGCCAAUAUUGCUAAAAUUAUGAAAAGGGCCAUUCCUGAGAAUGGAAAGAUAGCGAAGGAUGCUCGCGAGUGCGUACAAGAAUGCAUAUCUGAGUUCAUAUCAUUUGUCACAAGCGAGGCCAGUGACCGAUGCCAGGUGGAGAAGCGGAAAACUAUCAAUGGAGAAGAUGUUCUAUUCGCCUUGAGCACCCUCGGUUUUGAUAACUAUGUUGAGCCUCUAAAACUGUAUUUGAAGAAGUAUAGGGAAAUUGUUUUAUCACCUGUCACUAUCAAUAAACUCAAUAAAACUAUAGUGCUAUACAAUGAGGAAGGAACCCAUGGAUGCAUCACACCGGAUGACCACGAUGGUCAAUCGGAAACGGUCAUUUAUACGUAUAGUAGAGGUAACUCCGUGUUCGAUAAUCAAUAGUAAUAUUCAUGCUUUCGGACCAUUUUCGGACACAAAGAAGAGGUGUUUAUCCCAGUGUAAGAGGCAUAUUGCAUAAGACGCUAUGCAGACAUUGUUCUUUUUGUGGACGCAGAUCUUAAAAUCAUAUUCUACACGAAGUAGACAGCUACGCGCACAAAUACGAGUGUUAUUCCGUAGCGCCUAGAAGCGUAGACGUUGCAAGCCACCGUCGUCGCUACGUCAUCACCGCGAUACCGUAGGGCGUCACUGGUAUUUAGUGACGACGUUAAAUAUCGUUCGCUAAACGCGUUUGGUAUUUAGCGAACGACACCUGACAUCAACGCGGUGGCUAUCGCUGGUACUUAUAUAGUGACUACGUCAAGAUAUCGUUCAUUAAAACGCCAACUUUAAUGCCGCUUGUGUGAUAUGACUCAUUAUAAAAUUGAAGACAGUGUGGUAUUUAAAUUGUUUCCAGAUUCAAAAUGUGAAAGUGAAUAUAAGUUAAUUGUAACA